GAGGCGUGUAGAGCGAAGCCAGGUACACCGUCAGUGUUUGAUCCGUCGCGAUUCGGACAACACGUAUCGCGCGUCGUGCAGCUGGCGAGUGUGAUUGGAGGCGGUGAAGCUCGAUCUUUGCUUCGCUGGUACGGUGCACGAGUACGGUACGUGUUUACGUACUUCGUCGAGGAUCGCGUGCGCCGUUGGCUUCGUGCUCGAUAGUCGUCGACGUUACGCAUUUAACCGUUGGUGUAAGAAAACUUCCUGUAUACCCGUGGUUAUCCGUUGCGGGCAUCAGUGUCGACGCUUUGGAUCGACGACGACGAUCGCCGCGGUUCGUCCGCCCAUCGCGAUGAUUCGCAUCCGCGAUCGACGUCGUGAGUGAACGACCCUGGAUUGUCCGCUGGAAACUCUCUCGGGCUUUGACCGUUUUGUGACUUCGAUGACUCUAAUCGUGAUCGCUCUCCGCGGGAAACUGAUACGAGAGACGGCACACGAGUGGGAAAUCGAACAUUCUGUGGGGCGAGGGUGAAGGAGACGCGGAAAUACGUCUUGGAAUCGUGUAUCCGAUAUCAGAGCCGAUCGAACUAGAUUAGGAGCCGACAACAGACCGCCCGCAACCGGGCGGACGAAGAUCGCUACCAUCAUGGACUGGUGGCUGAGAGGACGGGUUAUAUACGCCUAUCUGCUAUGGGUCGUCUUCAAGGUGGCUGCUGCAGGCGGAUUUUUCGACACCCUGGUAGAGGAGAUGGUGGUCGAAGCUGGAAAGAACGUGACAUUGGAUUGUCCUGGCGUAACGGAGGACACGUUAGUACUGAUGCUGGAGUGGCGGGCGAACGGCAAGCAACUAUUGGAGUACAGCAGCAGCACCACCACCGUUUGGAACCACCACAACCGAAUCUCGCUUUCGCCGAAAAAAUAUUCUCUUCGAUUCACGCCGGUUACCGCCGAGGACAGAGCGGACUACACCUGCUUGUUGAACAAUCGCAGCAAACCGGAGGCUGUCAUCCAACUGAUUGUGCAAGAUGUGCCCGAACCGCCGGAGCGUCCAAUGGUAACGAGCUUUACGACCAGAUCUGUGAAUCUGUCCUGGGCACCGAGCGUUAAUACUCAUUACAACCCGAUCUGGUACUACGUCAUCGAGACUAGAAUCUACGAAAACGGACCAUGGAAUGCAACAAAGGAGAUCGUAACACCGAACAACGAGACAUGCUACGUGAUCGAGAAACUUCAACCAUUCACCGUCUACAGCUUCCGCGUGUCAGCUGUGAACGCUAUGGGACGCAGCAGGCCCAGUCAGCAGUCAUACUACAUCGUGACUCUUCGUGAACCCCCCGAAGGGAAGCCUCCAAUUAUCGCCGCCUAUAACACCUCCGCCACCUCUAUCUACCUGGCAUGGAAUGCUCCCAGCAGGGACACCAUUCACGGCGAGUUCUUGGGCUAUCGGAUUGGGUACAAGCCCCGAAAUAAAACGAACGCGGAAGUGAAAAACAUAUACAUACGGGAUCCAUUAGUUGAGAAUCACAGUAUACACAAUCUAGAAACGUAUACUCAGUAUUUGGUCUCGCUGCAAGUCUUCAAUCCUGCGGGCCACGGACCAGUAUCCACCAUUAGCGUCAUGACCGACGAAGGAGUGCCAACGAAACCAUUGAACUUGUCAUCUCACGGCAUCACGUCUAAGACCAUCGAAUUGUCAUGGGCCGAGCCAGAGAGCGCUAAUGGGAUCAUUUCCGGUUAUCGUGUCUACUACAUGCAUUCCAAUUUCACCGACGUCCAGAUGUACAAGACCAACGACUACGACUCCAACGGCUCCAUCAUCGAGUUCGUCUUGAAACGACUGGAACCGGACACAGAGUACAAGAUAUGGGUAAAGGCGUUCACCUGGAAGUACGAGGGCGAGCCGUCCGACAACAUCAUUCGUCGGACGGACAUUUCAGGACCGAGCCCACCCUCUAUCUUGAACGUCACCUGCCAGACCGACGAUUCGAUUUACAUCCAAUGGGCAAGACCGAAAAACUUCACAGGCUCCAUCGACUACUAUUUCAUCAACUAUCGUAUCGAGAACAGCAACCGCUACGAGACAAUUGAAAUGCUGUCCGAGAAGAACCACCUGGAGAGCGCAAUGAUCAUACCGAAUCUGACGACUAACACCGUGUACGAGAUCGUGGUACGUGGAGGCACGCGUAGCACCAUCGACGAUCGAGUCAUCAUCGACGGAGAGGAUUCCAUACACUGCAAAGUACGAGUCACCCGCAACUGCGACAAGAUUCCACCAUUACAGCCGCACAGCUCCAAGGAGCUAAGCAGCGGAGUGGUCGCUGGAAUGAUCUGCGCCUGCCUGGCCGUGAUGCUGAUCAUCACGUCUUUCGUCUUAUGGAAGCCUUGCCUGAGGCCAAUUUUCAGAAAAUGCUUCCACACCGCGUACUGCUUUCUGGACUGGGAGAACACCGAGCAAGACGGCGAGCAAACCGCCGUGGAGAUCCAGAAGUUCGUUCAACACGUCGCCACCCUCCAUGCAGACAGCGGAAUAGGAUUUAGCAAGGAGUACGAUCUGAUCAAGUCGGAAUCUGGCAAGUUCACCACGGAGAACUCGCAAUGCGCCGAGAACACAGCGAAGAACCGAUACCUGAACAUCUUGGCCUACGACCAUACUCGUGUGCGAUUGCUGGCGUGCGGCGAAGAUCCUCCAAAAAAGGGCCACGAUUACGUGAACGCGAAUUACAUCGACGGAUGGCAGCGCAAGCGAGCUUAUAUUGGCACUCAGGGCCCCCUGACCUCUACUUUCGACGGAUUCUGGCGUAUGGUGUGGGAGCAGAAGGUGUCGAUCGUUGUGAUGAUCACUAAUCUCGUCGAACGCGGAAAGAAAAAAUGUGACAUGUACUGGCCUAAGAAGGGAUCCGUGACUUACGGUUACAUCCAAGUGACUCUGCUGAGAGAAGAUGUCAUGGCAACGUACACCAUCCGUACUCUUCAAAUUUGUCAUCUGAAGUCCAAGAAGAGGAAGAAUGGAGUGAACAUGGAGGAACGAAUCAUUUGGCAGUAUCAUUUCACCGGUUGGCCCGAUCAUGGUUUGCCAGAACACCCAUUGCCCGUGUUGAGCUUCAUUCGUAAAUCUUCCAACGCCAAUCCUCCUGGCGCAGGACCAAUCGUCGUCCACUGCAGUGCUGGCGUUGGACGCACCGGUGCCUACAUCGUCAUCGACGCCAUGUUGAAACAGGCCAAGAGCAAGAACGAAGUGAACGUGUUCGGAUUCCUCAAGCACAUCCGUACCCAGCGUAACUUCCUGGUCCAGACCGAGGAGCAGUACAUCUUCAUCCACCAUGCUCUGCAGGAAGCCAUCGAGAGCGGUGAGACCAACAUCGACACGAACAACUUGCUCGCCUAUGUCCAGGACAUGCUGAACCCCAACAACACAAACACCGAUGCUUGGAACAACCUCGAGGCCCAAUACAAGCUGGUGACUUCCUGGAAGCCUAAGGAGUUGAACCUGCUGUCCGCCAUGCAAUCUUAUAACCUUCACAAGAACCGUAUCCAGGAGAUCAUCUCUGUUGAGACUGCUCGCGUGCACUUGACACCGAAAGCUGGAAUCGAUGGGAGCGACUACAUCAACGCAACAUGGAUCGCUGGCUUCCACCGCAAUCGCGAAUUCAUCAUCACUCAACAUCCCAUGAAGAACACGAUCAUGGAAUUCUGGCACAUGAUGUGGAACUACAACGCACGGACUGUGGUCAUGCUGACCGAAUGCAACGAAGAGUACCCAGAAUUCUGGCCAACCGAGGGAAAAGACCUGGAAUCGGAGACGUUCCGCGUGCGAGCCUGCGGAAUCAAGGAAACCGCCAGCGGAAUGAUCCUGCGUGAGGUGGCAGUACGCUCUCUGCAAGACGAUUACGAACUGAGUGCCAAAAUCGUUCAGGGACCACCGUCCCAGACUGGCUUCUGGCCGCACAACGGCAAUCCGCGACCUCUCGUGAGUCUGAUCCACGACUUGCACCGCAACUACCAAAACGGACCGAUCGUCGUGAUGGACAGGUAUGGCGGCGUCGAGGCUGCGGUGUUCAUCCUUCUGACAACGUUGAAGAAGCAACUCGACUUUGAACAGAGCGCUGAUAUCUACAUGUUCGCCAAGCUGUUGUACAUGAAGCGUCCUGGAGUGUUCCGAUCGAAGGAGGAUUACGCCCUGCUCUACCAAUGCCUGGAAGCCAUGCUGACGUCGAAAGGCCACGACGAGCCUGACCUGUACGCCAUGGCCAACGGCCACGCAUCCACGAUCUCCGACCAAGCCGACUUGCCGACCUCAUCGAUGAAACACAUGCUAAUGGACUACUCACCGAAAAUGACCCGCGAAUACGCAACCGUCGAGGUAAACUCGAUCUCCGACUACUCGAUCCCCAUUCGCGUCGAUCACUCCAUGGAGCCGUGCAGCAGCAGAAGCAGCGAGAGCUGCCUGUCCACCCAUGCUGGGAUGGACCACGAGAAAAACAUCAUCAUGACGCAUCGGAACGUGAGCUACCACAAUCAUCCGGGAAGCGUCUCCGUCGUCGUUGAUGCGAACGGAUACGUCACUAACGGCAACAUGCGCGUGCCACCUGAAGUUGCAGUGUUCCCUCGAGCCAGCCCGAGCCACUGUAAUUGACUGAGCUCUACACUGCCCGAAGGGUAUCGCGGAUUCUGCAACAGGGCAAGGAGCUGUAGAUCGGACACGUCUUCGCACCAACGGACGAACAGCGACUCGAUAUUAGGAUCGACCAGAGAAGGAUGCUCUGAGCAUAUUCAGUGUAAAUAUUAAUCAUUCGCGUGCGUGCUCUCGCGAACCAUGCGCUGAGGGUGUGCCUGCUGCACGCCCUAUACGAAGUCGCCCAAGGGGGCCUCGUUUUCAGCGGUGCUGGGUGCCAAAAAAAAAAAAAAAAAAUAAUGAACACAAUGAACACUCGUACUGAGGCCCCCUCAUUUUCGUUGUUUCAUCGUGUAAGUGAACACUCUUCGCUACUUGUAUAUACACACGCAAACCUACACACAAACACACGUACACACACAAGUGCAUAAUCAAACGAAACCUCACGCACGGCCAUACAUGCAUAUAUACAUAUACGCGUAAUACGUUUGUAUAAGUUGGAUCGUUCGACCACUUAUUUACCAAAGAAUCGCUUAUAUUCGCCCUCGUUACGUUUUAAGUUUCUUUCUCUCUCUCUCUCUCUUUCUGUGAUUUUAUCGCCCGAGUCGAAGACCGAUUAAUCGUAUUCGCAUCGAUUGUUGUUCGUUAAGCGAGCUGGAAGUAUGUUUGAGGACGUCAAGAUUUUUUUUUUCUUUUUCAUUGAUACGAGCCUAAUGGAGUCUGGUUCGCCGCUCGAACACUCUCUUUUUCUCUUAUCGACGCUCGCGGAUACGCGAUGUCACCAGGAAUUGAAAAUCUAUAAGGUCGAGUCGAGCUCACAGCUCGAACGAACACGACUUUGAUACAGGCAUGGGCAAAAUAUUCUUGAUCUAGACGAAAAUUUCGAAUAACGAGUAAAAGAACGGCUUGAAUUCGUUACUCGUUGACCGUGGAUUAGAAUUCGGAGCAUAGAAUGAAGUUAUACUUCAGGGUGAUACAACAGAAAUUUCAACGACCGUUCGAUCUUCGUAGGAUGAACGUCGUUCGUUGUUCCAAUGAAAUUUUGUCUUUGACACGAUCAAAAUCGUACGACGCAAACGCUUAACGAUUAAAUGUAAAUCAUUGAAUGGCUAAAUAAAAGAAAUCGUAACCUCGAUCCGCUAUCGAUAAAACUGUGGAAAUUAAUUAACCGAUAUAAGUGUAAACUUACGUGUAAUAUCUGUGUAUGGUUAUGCUUCGCAUCCGUAAGAUAAGACGUAGGAAUUAAAUAAUAAAUAUCAUAAUCGACUAAUACGCGUAAGGAUUAUUUAAGGAAACGGAUAAUCGUCCUCAACGUAACAAUUUUUCACGAUAAUCGCGGUAGUUUCGUAUUCCCGCCGAUCGACCAAUCGAGACGCGUUAAAGGUUAGAGGAAAGUCGGUGGAAAAUCCUACGGCGACGACAAUCUUAAGCGUUCGAUAAUUAACAAUUUUCCAUCGAUGAAUCGCGCUCGGUGACAUCGAUCGGGCAUCGGCAAAUGAUCGAGCACCCAAACGCUCAAUGGCAAAACACUGUCCGAAAUUUUGUGAUUAAAACUUUCAUUGUGAUAAACCAUACGGAGGGGGGGGGGGAAUAAAAGAUGCGGCAAAAACUGCAAUUCGACAAAAUCCGUUAUAACGUUUUUUCUGACCGAACGAGUUCCUUUGCCUUGCGAUCAUUUUCUAUCGACGACAACCCUUCGAAGACUGGUCUCAUCUAGGAUUUUUACGGUACCUAUAAGUUACAAAUUGCGUGAUAACGGAAACGAAAACUGCCUGUGAAACGUGCACCGGGAACAGCUUUAAACCGAAACCCAAACCACGUGUUUUUUCUACCAAGCGUAUAUAUAUACAUAUAUAUUUGUGAUCUUUCGUCGUUCGAGCGAUCGAUCUGACCGCGAGCCGCAUAGAUCGACGACUCGUCGACGCACACCGUUUUACUGCCAUUUACUAUCUACAACGCGACUAACUAAAAAAAAAUAAAUAUCAAAAAAUCAAAAAAAAAAAGAAAAAUGAAUAUGUGUGUGCAUGCAUGUAACCGUAUCCGUGUUUAAACAAAGUUAACGAAAAUGUGUGUAACAAAAGCGAACUCAACUCGUUGUCAGUUUUAACUCAAUAUCGAUAAUAACCGUAAUCAUCUUAAAAUAAUCUGCGCGUCUUCCUUCUGGGCUGAUCGACGCGCGGGAACGAUUACACGUGACAGCGAUGGGUCGGUUUCAUCCUCGAUCGCAAUCAGGAUAACUCGACAACGCGCACGGGUUGGCAGCCCCUUCGUCGAUUGGCAUUUCGCAUGAGCCCGUCGAAAACCAAAGGGGAGACUCGCCUAAAAUUUAAGGGUAAAUCUAAAGGUAUAAUAGAAUAUUAUAGCUCGCGUGUCGGAAAGGUAGGAGGCGAAUACUCUGGUUAUUGCGAUUUCGUGGGAACGCGGUGCGGAGGAGGAUCGUGUAUUUCUUGCUAACUUUUAGACACGUCACGUAACAUAACGAACACAACGACGAGCGAUGGCGGAGAGAAAGAGGACGCUCGAAGGGGCACGACGACGGUGGCGAAGAAAGGUUGGAGAGUGUGCGGGGGCAAAGAUGGGCGAAAUAUUUAUUUGGUCAGAAAUUUCGUAUAAAUGAUAUCGCGAUCAAUGAGUCAGGUUUUACGUGAGCGUUUGCACCUUUGUUGGCAAUCAGAGCCCGUGAAAUAACAUAUUCAUUAAUUCAUGAUAAACGAAAAUUAUUUUUAUAAGGACGAUUUAUCGGUCUUCGACUACCUCUCCCCUUAUUAAACCGAUCAAACAGUUUUCGUUUCCGCGUGCAUUGGAAGAAUUUUAUCGGGAGCAUAUGUUCACGGUUUGUUAGAUAAAUGUCGUUGAAUUCAAUCACGAAGCGAACCGCUCGGACUCGCUGUCCAGCGGGCUUCCGACGUAUCAGAGAAACCGAGCCGAUGUCCAGCGUCGAGCACAGCGUUCCUCCAGACUGGUAAACGCGUUCGAUUAUGUCAAAAAUUCGAACGUGGGCAAAAUCAUAAGCGGGCGUAAACUAAAUCGAACGAAGAAUGAACCGUUUUAGAUUCGUUGUUUCUUUGGGACAUAUCCCAAUAGAAAUUGGAAUCAAUCAUUUCUGAUGAGUCAUCGCAAGACACCUACCUUCGCUAUACAGAGUUUUCUCUCCCUCUAUAUUAUUUGAAUUGAAAUAGACAAAUACAAGAACUACUCGUUUCAGGCUAAAGAAAAAAUUUGAAUUCGACAAACACAAUUCAACUGAGUCACUAUGCAUUUUAUCCAUCCUAUAUUCAAAUGAAAUUUUGCCUACACGUGGAACACAGGUGUGCCGAAGUGAUCGUUCAGUUUGAUCGCGCCGAUACCGUCGACGAGACGCAGAAUGAUCGCGCUGGACAGAAACGAAACGAUGCUUUCCUUCUCGCGGCUGCGAGAUAGGAGAACAUCUCGAAAGUAGAUAAUUCCUCUAAACCGAUUAAGCCACCGACUCCCUCCCUACGAGAUGAGAAAGAGAGUUAAAGGUGUCUGUACUAUAUACUAUAAACAUAUAUAUAUACAUAUAUCAUACGUGUACUGACUGUUUCGCUGUAAUUAAGGGUAAUUAGACGCGAAUUAAUGACUCGAGCUCGCCUAUCAUGCGAAUUUGCGCACUACGUGUGCGAAGACGUGUCACCAACAUUUGCCGCGAGUAUACGUACAUUCAUAACAUCCAUUUAAAAAACGCAGACAUAGAUAUACAUACAUACAUACACGUAUAUGUACGUCCUGAUACCGACCACAAACCUAUAGGAAAUCAACGACGUCGAGCGACCACGCUCCUCUAGUACAAUUCUGGUACACUGCGUACGAACUGAAUCUUAAAUGCUGCUUAGAGCGAGAACGAUAACGAAAAUCACACGUGAAAACGCGAAGUAUACAUAAUAAAUGGAAAAGUAUAUAAAUAUAAAGAUGAAUAUAAAUAAAAUAUAAAUAUAUAUAAAUAUAUAAAUGAAGAUAUAAAUAUAAAUAUAGAUAUGAAGAUAAAUAUAUUAUAUUCGAACAGGGUGGAUGGGAGAUCAAGUCGAGAGUGAACGUGUGCAACAACGUCGACCAACUUUAGCCGAGUCGUACCGAACUGACUACCGACUAAACUGAUAAGCGUCGCCUAAGUACGCCAAAGUUCCAUCGCGGACUUGAUCUCUCUUUCUCCCAGCGAUACACGAUUCAGAACUGUAAUCGACGUUUCGAUACUGCCACGACGUAAUAUCGUGACUUGGCACGCUUGUACACGCUCACAUUUACGCAAUUACUUGUGGGCGUCGCGUCAUAUGGACGCCGUGUGAUAGUUUGGUGGACAACCGGCGUACACCACCAUUCCAAUCCCUCCUGACGCGUUCUCGGACGCAACGAAUUUAAACGAAGUUUGGCGAAGGAGAGGAGAACGAGACUUCUUUUCUCCUUUGCGGCGCAUGAACACGAUCUGUACUGUAUUUUACGAUAAGUAUAUCCGUAAACUCUAAAUGUACCUAUACGAAUAUAAAACAAGACAACAACAGAACAAGAUUGUGAACACACAUACACACAUGCGCAUAUACACAAUGCAUAAACACAGAUACGCACGCGGAGUCGACCGGUUUUAGAAUCCAAGAACCGGCCGACGCGCAUCGUUUAAUAGAUGUAUAAAUAUUAUAUAUAUAUAUACAUAAUUAAUUCGAGAGGAUAACGAUAGGUGUGUAUAGAAUGAUAAUUUAGAGUCUAGUCAAAAUAACACAAUCGUAAUCGAGGACGCACAUGUUUCUCGUUUCGUUUAUUACUCGUUUGUUUACACGUUUCUACGCGGGUAAACCGCACGGUUUCCCGCGCGUUUCAAUCGACUCGCUGUUUCUGCACUCGACGCGUUCGAAGUUUACACGCGUGGACGAGUGAACGCGUGGCUGCGUUUGCACGGGGGUGCAUUUACAAGAAAGAAAGCAAAGAUUCCUGUUACGUCACACAUUUUUAAGGAGAGUCAGGGUGAGCGUGGCACGGACACGCGCGGAAAUUCCUCGCUGCAAAACGAAAUCGAAAUCGUAGGAGAAACGCGAAAAUCCAGAAAGUAUCGUAAGGUUAUAAAUAAUUCGUUGGUUUAUAGCAGGAAUUAGUAUUUGUUACAUGGACCGAAGUUCAAGUCGACUAAAUGUUCAUCCAUUAAUUAUAAAUAAAAAUGUUAAUGUUCCUGGAUCUCUGGAUCAACCACAGCGUCAACUACGUAACUGAGUUUCAACAUGAAAAAAGCAACCAGAAUUAGUUACUUAAAUUCGAAGUUUCAUCUAGCCACUCAUAAAAACGUGACGAUAAGCUGCUUUCCAUUCGUUAUCUACUAUUUAAAUAGAACAUCGCCCAUCUCUGGUUUUGCUCGAGGAAUCAUAUCUCGCCGUUCGUACCAUGUUUGCAGCCACACCCUACGGAUAGCAUACAUCUCCUAUUUUACUUCCUUUCAUUCCUUUACCCUCACGCCGUUUCCUUUUAAACUUUUUUUCGUACAUCGAAGUUGCGAUUUUAGCGUAGUACACGAUGCACUUGUUCCUCAAAGAUCUUCCGCGUGCUUUCGUUUUCUCGCGAAGUGAAUCGUUUGAUCGCGAAAAGGAGAUCGAAACGGAGUUUAUGGUAAUGCGAUAAACUGACUGCAGACGCAGCCAUCGUUCGCAGAUUAUGCGAACGAACGUGAAGCACGCGUAUAUAAUAGAAGGCCUAAACGAUCCGCUGAUCCCGCGAGCGGCAAACGCAUCAUCGAAAUCGAUGGACCGAGAGAAUAGAGCUUUCUCGAUUAGAAACUGUGAUUCUGUAAGUGUAUCGAGAUACACGUGAGCUGUAAAAAUCGUCUCAAAGAACAAGGGUGGAAAUAGCGCUCCUUAUUGUAUGUGGCAUAGAUUAAUAUAGAAAUUGCGACUCUUAUCUUACGUGUGUUUAAUCUUUUACAGAUAGACAAACCUCUGGCGGUGAGGUAAGCUCAUGAUUUGUGAUCAAAGGCCGAAUAAAUCGAUAAUUCAAGUGUUUCGAUAAUAUUUCUAUUCUAGGACUCGGGUCGUCCUCGGGUUAGUGAUCUAUUGAAAUCAAAAUCCCCCUUAAAGGGUUAAUUUCGCGCAUACGCAUGGAAUAAGGGGCUCUAUUUUCGAUUCUAUUCGACACACAUGCGCGCACUCGAAAACAACGACGAGGAGAGAUGGGAAAAGUCGAACGCUCGAUCGUACUGCCGCCCAAAAGCGAAUGGGACGCAAUGUAUCAUCCGGAAAAAAUCGAUGCCAGCGUUGAUAGAAUAAAUUUUGUCGGUGUCCAACGACGUGCUCGCCGAUCGACCAAUGCCGCCGCAAGGCUGUGAAAGAGAACGAUGCGAAUUUGGAAAAAAGAACGGAGAAGAAACAAACGCGACGAAACGAUCUCCGUCCGCGAUUAUGCUCUACAACGGUUGCGAUUAUUCCGUUCGCGUGGGUCGUUUUCGAGUUGAGUUUCGUUUUGGGCGUGUUUGAUUUUUUCCGCGUCUGCCGUCGAGUCAGCAGAGCGCGACAUUUGAAAUGCAAGUAUUCGCACAGGCCUACGAUAAGAAAACUGUUCAUGUACGUAUAUCCAUGAUGUUUCAACGUGUACGACUAAAUAUGGUGUUAAUUGUCAUUUGAUCUAAUCGAAUCCAGCCGACCCGCGUAGCGCUCUCGAGGAUGAGAUGCUAUCUCGCACGAGAUUAUUACCGAAAAGCUUCUGCGACCCCUCCCCCCUUUUCUCGAGAGGCGAGACGAAUCUCUCGACGAGUUUCGCCCCUCAAAUUGGCCUAAUCAAACGGAUCCCACGGCGUUUCUGGUCUUCCUACCUCCAUCGACGCAAGGAGGCCUUGGACGCCGCGCUAAAUUCCGUUAGCGCGGCUACAUCGUCAGUGGAAAUGCACCGCAGGAAACAGAAAACGAAGACAGAGGAUACGGAAAAGCAACGCGUAUCAAUGCCCAGUAUACAAAUUUCGGCGAAUUUUCUGUUCGUUUCGCGCGCAAGUUCCUCCUUCGACUGCUCAGCAACGCAAUCGCUCUCUCAAUCGAAACGUUAUGUGUAUACCGAUGUUAUAGUCUAAACAAAACAGCUGGUGGUUCAGAGUCGCUAUCCCUCUCAUCACGAGUCCAAGAACUGAAGGAUUCUCCCAAAGCACAAGAGCUAGUAGGGUUGUGGGGUGACAUCGAGGCAGAGAUGAGCAAAAUUCUUAUUUAUUUACAAAUUUCAGAUAAAGAAUGCUUCAAUAAAGAAAGCUUCGAUACAACGAAUUUAUAUUAUUAGCGAAUAAUUGAAUGACGAAGAUCUUACAGCUCGAGAAAGCUUUUCUCUAUUUAGGUUUCCACCCCUACUUUUACAGCCACCUUCUGAAUUUACUAGAGUUGCCAUCGAAUUAAACAGUGAAAGGAAAAAGAUGAGAUGUAUUGAUUUGUAUACGUUCAAACUUGUCUACAAACUUUGCCCGUCUCUUGUCGACGAUGUGGCCACUUUGCGACAACGAGCAUCAAGCGAAUUUUAUUCUCAAUAUCGAUGUUUGUAUGGAUGUUAUUGAUAGGAAAUAUAUAGUAUACAUAACUUAAAGUACUUUCUUCAUGACUACUGGCGAACGUUGCUCAUCGACCAUUCUAGACAUAUUUUUCUUUUAACGUAACGAUCUCUCGAUCGUUGAAUCGUAGAUGGAUUAGCAUUUCGAGAAGUGAUUUAAUUGGCCUCGAAGAUUCGAGAUUUGGUAACCGCGAGAUACAAGACGCGGAGUAAAUUACGUUCGCCAGACAGUCGUUCGCUUUGAGAGCCAUCGAAGGGAGGAAUCGACUGCGGUUGCGUUACGAUCACACAUGGCGACGUUUUGAUUCGAUGUUUGACACAAAUAUUCGACGAAUCGUUUGGAAGAAACGCGACAGAAACGGAGAACAACCGAGAGAUCUCGAGUAACACGGAACUCCCUGCGAUCAUCGUUCAUGCGCCGAGAAAUCGCUUGCUAUAACGAUCCAUGGGUCCCACGGGAUCGAUCGGUUGUUGUCGAUCGGAUCCGAUAAUCAGAACGAAAGAAAUACGUAUGUCCUUUCACCGUUACAGUAUCUUGACCAAUUAAAUACUAAGCUAGCAUGGAUGUAUACACACUGAGAUAAAUGUUAACCAGUUACCUGCGUAAUACUCAAUGUUAAGUGUCGAACUGACCCUCGUUCAGGUUUCUUGACGAUUGUCCUCGCUCGUGAACCUUUGCGGUUUUUACUUUCUUCCAAUUGUGCGAACGAAACAUUGCCAACGACCGUCUGCCAAUCGUUAUUACGCGGACUUUCAUUUUUUUUUUUUUUUUUUUUUUUUACGAGAACCGAACGAAGCACGAAGAAUCAAAAAUAAAACAAAAAUAAAGCAAAAGAAAACUUAUACAACAAAAAAGGGUAAACUAAACGACGACGAACAAAAAGACGAAAACAAGUUCAGAGACAUUCCAUUAAUUCAUUUUAUAGACGUUCAAUGAAACGACAUUGUUUAACUGCCAUACGAUGAUAACGCUAUUUUACGAUAAUUUUAUAGACGAAAAAACGGGGUUUUGUCAUUUACAACGCGACCACCCCCGCGUUCGAUGCGAUUUACACCGCAACGAUUCGAUGGAAAUAGUUUCCGUUCUAUAAUAUCUUUAUCUCGAAACGAAUCCUUGCAAUCUGUCCUGGUAAUGCGACUAAUAUGAUACGUAUCGAUAUGCAAACAAAAAAUCAUUGUCACAGCUAAAUAUAUGUGUGUCUUUUCUUUGUUGUA